AAUGUGUCUUCUUUAUUUCCCUUCGCAUAGGCUUCCUCGAAUCCCCCAAUCUUGCUGUUCCCUGGUCCGGUGAUCGAGCCUCCGUCGAUUGAUCGACAAGAAGGGAGCGAUUAGUUUUCUCCUGCGCUAGCUGCUUGCACCCCCAUCUCUCGGAUCGCAUCGAAGCCCUAACGACCGGAGGAAAAUCUGCCGAUCACCAACUGUUUCCGGUGGCGUUGGGUGUAUUUGAAGAUUUGAGGGUCGGAAUGGGCAGGAAAUCGGAACUAAAUUAAGGGGAUAAUGGUCGAAUUGUGGUCGCUUUGGCGCGAUUGCAUGGGUGAAGAAUGCCAGUCUUGCGGAGCAGGGAGCGUCGUGGGGGCCGUGCUCCACCUCCGCCGCCUGUAGAUCGUACUUUGAGGAACACCAGGGCGCGGGCCGCGGCCAAGAAUAGCAAUCCCGGGCCUGCCGGGGUUGCUGCUGGAGGAAGCAGGCGUGGAAGGGGUAGGGCUCCGUCGUCAGCGGCGAGGGGGAGGCAGAGGGUGAGAUCUUCCACAGGUAGGUUGGUCUUUGUUGAGGAGUGGGAGGCGAAGGAGUCGGAUCAAUUGAAGGAGGUGGUGGUAUUGAAAGAGGAGACGAAAGGAAAAGGGAGGGAAAAACAAGCAGAAGAAGUAAAAGCGAAGGAAAUGAUGGGUGAUGAUAGUGGUGGAUUGAGCGCCAAUAGGGUCGCUGGACAGGAAGAGGAAGGGAACACUACUCCGUUCCCUGAAAAGGUCCAAGUUGGUGGUUCACCCAUAUAUAAGGUUGAGAGAAAGCUUGGGAAGGGUGGAUUUGGCCAGGUUUUUGUUGGUCGGAGAGUCUCUGGAGGCAUUGAACGAUCAACAGGUCUUAAUGCCAUGGAGGUUGCUAUCAAAUUUGAACACAGAACUAGUAAAGGCUGCAACUAUGGCCCUCCUUAUGAAUGGCAAGUUUACAGCGCUCUUGGUGGUAGCUAUGGAGUCCCUAGGGUACAUUAUAAAGGCCGGCAAGGCGACUACUACGUAAUGGUUAUGGACAUGCUGGGACCUAGUCUAUGGGAUGCUUGGAAUUCUUCAGGUCAAGCGAUGUCCUCAGAAAUGGUUGCUUGCAUUGCUGUUGAAUCCAUCUCAAUUCUUGAAAGCAUGCAUUCAAAAGGAUACGUCCAUGGUGAUGUGAAGCCUGAAAAUUUUCUGCUCGGGCAACCGUCAACCCCUCAAGAGAAAAAGUUGUUUCUUGUGGACCUUGGAUUAGCUACUAGAUGGCGGGAUGCUAGUAGUGGUGUUCAUGUUGAUUAUGACCAACGGCCUGAUGUGUUUAGAGGAACUGUUAGAUAUGCUAGUGUUAAUGCACAUCUAGGAAGAACGGCAAGCAGGAGGGAUGAUUUGGAGUCCCUUGCUUACACACUAAUUUUCCUUCAUCGAGGAAGGUUGCCAUGGCAAGGAUACCAGGGUGACAACAAAUCAUUUUUAGUUUGCAAGAAAAAGAUGGCAACAUCUCCAGAGAUCCUAUGUUGCUUGUGCCCUCCAGCAUUUAAGCAAUUUCUUGAGAUUGUAGUUAACAUGAAAUUUGACGAGGAGCCUAACUACACAAAACUUAUUUCUCUAUUUGAUGGAUUAAUUAGUCCAAAUCCAGCAGUUAGGCCAAUUAGCAUUGAUGGUGCUCAAAAGGUCGGUCAAAAACGUGGUAGAUUGACCAUCGAUGAUGAAGAAGAGAAUCAACAAAAGAAGAAGAUUCGUUUAGGUGUACCUGCCACCCAGUGGAUUUCUGUGUACAAUGCUAGGCUUCCAAUGAAACAAAGGUAUCACUACAAUGUGGCUGAUGCACGUUUGGCACAGCAUGUUGAGAGAGGAAAUGAGGAUGGUCUGCUUAUUAGUUGUGUUGCAUCUUGUUCUAACCUGUGGGCCCUUAUUAUGGAUGCUGGAACUGGUUUCACAUCUCAGGUUUAUGAGUUGUCUCCAUUUUUCCUUCACAAGGAAUGGAUUAUGGAUCAAUGGGAGAAAAACUACUAUAUCACCUCACUUGCUGGUGCUAAUAACGGAAGUUCACUUGUAGUGAUGUCAAAAGGCACCCAAUACACGCAGCAGUCUUACAAAGUAAGUGAAUCCUUUCCCUUCAAAUGGAUAAGUAAGAAGUGGAAAGAAGGAUUCCAUGUCACAUCCAUGGCAACAGCUGGCAGCCGAUGGGGUAUUGUCAUGUCACGGAAUGCUGGUUUUAAUGAUCAGGUUGUUGAAUUAGAUUUCCUAUACCCAAGUGAGGGCAUCCACAGGCGAUGGGACAGUGGAUAUCGCAUUACUUGUAUGGCUGCCACUUGGGAUCAGGCUGCACUGAUCCUCAGUGUGCCUAAGCGGAAGCCUGGUGAUGAGACUCAAGAGACCCUACGGACAUCAGCAUUUCCGAGCGCUCAUGUUAAGGACAAAUGGGCGAAGAAUCUAUACCUCGCGUCGAUUUGCUAUGGUCGUACUGUAUCAUGAUACUUGUUGAGUCGCUGUGGUUAACCUGACCACAAACUAAAAGAUUGGAAGGCAGAGAGGGACUUUGGAUACCUUGUUUUUGUAGACAGCUGUCACAUUUAACAUACACGUCAGCCAAUGUUUGUGUGAUUUACUAUAUUUAUUUACUUAUGUACCAUCGUAGAUGUACACACGGUGUCACACUCGUCUUGGGUAUGUUAUUUCUGUAUUAUAAUAAGUCGUCAGAUUUGGGAA